AUCUGAGAGACUACUUCCUCAUCAAACAGUACAGAACCUCACAAAAUGGUCAAUGUACAGGGAUGAGGAUUUAAUAGAUCCUCACACACCUGUGCAUCUGGGCCCUGGAGGAGAGGAUACUGAAGUUGAGUGGGCACCAGACAGGGAAGAUGACCCUCAGGGCCACUGGUAUGAUAAGAUGUUCUCCAUCCGCAGUCUGCCCACAAUGGGGCACAGAGAGCAGAAUGAGCAGGAUGGGGUGGAAGACAUGACACAGCUGCAAGAGCUACAUGAGGGUUCUGUGCUGCUAAAUUUGAUGAAAAGAUUUGAACGGGAUUUGAUAUAUACGUACAUCGGCAGCAUCCUGGUGUCCGUGAAUCCGUAUAAGAUGUUUAAUAUCUACGGAACCGACGUGGUGCUGCAGUACGAUGGACACACCCUGGGAGAGAACCCUCCUCACCUGUUUGCGAUUGCAAAUUUGUCUUACACUAGAAUGAAGGAUGCCAAACAGAACCAGUGCAUUAUUAUAAGUGGGGAGAGUGGCUCAGGCAAGACUGAAGCCACCAAGCUUGUCCUGCGAUAUUUAGCCGCUAUUCACCACAAGGGUGAUAUUACGCAUCAGAUUGAGAUUCUUGAAGCAGCUCCCCUGUUAGAAUCAUUUGGGAAUGCCAAAACUGUCCGGAAUGACAACUCAAGUCGAUUUGGGAAAUAUGUGGAGAUCUUUUUGGAGGGGGGUGUGAUCAGUGGUGCCAUAACCUCACAGUAUCUCCUUGAGAAGUCCAGGAUUGUGUUUCAGGCCAAAGAUGAGAGAAACUAUCACAUCUUCUAUGAGAUGGUGGCAGGCCUCCCUUCCCAGCAGAGAGAGUCAUUCUACCUUCAGGAUGCGGAGACCUACUAUUACCUUAAUCAGGGGGGUAACUGUAGCAUCCCGGGGAAGAGCGAUGCCGAUGACUUCCUGCGGCUGCUCAGCGCCAUGGACAUCCUCCACUUCAGUGCCCAAGACCAGGACAGCAUCUUCAGGGUCCUGUCCUCCAUUCUGCACCUGGGGAAUGUGUUCUUCGAGAGAUACGAGGCGGACUCCCAGGAAAGGGCGUCGGUUGUGAGCGCUCGGGAGAUCCGGGUGGUGGCAGAGCUGCUCCAGAUCUCCCCUGAGGCUCUGCAGAAAUCCAUCACUUUCAAAGUCACGGAAGCAAUGAGAGAAAAGAUAUUCACCCCUCUUACUGUGGAAAGUGCUGUCGAUGCCAGAGAUGCAGUUGCCAAGAUCUUGUACUCCCUUCUAUUCAACUGGCUCAUCGACAGGAUCAACAGGCUGGUUUACCCGAAGAAUGAGGCCCUGUCGAUCUCCAUCCUGGAUAUUUAUGGGUUUGAGGACCUCACGUUAAACAGCUUCGAACAACUGUGCAUCAAUUAUGCCAAUGAGUAUCUCCAAUGCUUUUUCAAUAAGAUCAUUUUCAAGGAAGAACAGGAUGAAUACAACCGAGAGCAGAUCGCAUGGCAGGAAAUGCAGUUCAGUGACAACCAGGCCUGCAUUGAUCUCAUCGCAGCAAAGCCUCAUGGGAUACUUAAAAUCCUUGAUGAUCAGAGCUUGUUCCCUCAGGCAACCGACCACACCUUCCUUCAGAAGUGUCAUUAUCACCAUGGCAACAACCCCCUUUACUCGAAGCCAAAGAUGCCCCUCCCUGAAUUCACCAUUAAGCACUAUGCAGGAAGAGUCACCUAUCAGGUCUACAAGUUUCUGGACAAAAAUUAUGAUCAGGUUCGCCAAGAAGUUCUUGAUCUCUUCGUUAACAGCAAAAACAAGAUGGUGGCCAAUCUCUUUGCGAACCACGCGGAGUUCCUCAGCCAGCAGAAGACCCACGCGAGGAAGAGCAGCACGGUGACGCGCCGCCAUCAGCCCUCCACCGCCGCCGCCAAGUUCCAGCAGUCCCUGCUGGAGCUGGUGGAGAAUAUGGAGAGGUGCAACCCAUUUUUUGUACGCUGCAUAAAGCCAAACAAUAAGAAGGAGCCCGGCAUAUUUGAUACGGAGCUUGUCAGCGCUCAGCUGCAUUACUCUGGGAUUCUGGAAACCGUCCGUAUCCGAAAGGAGGGCUAUCCUGUCCGCAUUCCGUUUGGAAUUUUCCUGAACAGGUACAAGGCCCUGCUGGGCCUGAAGCAGCCUCCCCCACCAGAUGGAGAAAACUGCGUCAUCAUGCUGAGUAAAAUCUGCCCCCUCAAGAAGGGGGCUUACCAAGUGGGCGUCACAAAGAUCUUCAUUAAGGAGGAGGUGCACCAGCUGCUGGAGAGUAAGAGGGACAGGGUGAUGCACAUUGCUGCUCUCACGCUGCAGCGCUACACCCGCAUGUUCUUUGUCCGCAAGCGCUACGUCUCCUUCCGCAUGAAGAUCAUCAGGCUGCAGGCGCACUGCCGGGGCUUCCUCGCCAGGAAACGUUAUGUGAAGAUGAGGGCAAGCCUGGUCAAGUUCCGCUCUCUCAUCCUAAUGUACAUCAACCGCAAGAGAUACAUCAGGCUGAAAUUUGAGGCAAGAAGACAAGAAGAAGAAGAAAGGAUGAGAAGAGAAAUGGAGUUAAGCAGGAGAGAAGUGAUCAAUGUGACACACCUGGUCAUUCCUGCAGACCUGGGUGCAUUACUGCAGGCUAUAGCAGGGGGCACUGAGCUGCACUCAGACUGCCUGGCCUUGGUCCAAGCCCCCAGCAUACAGCUGGGCCCGCAGCUCACUCUGCCACUGGACAUCAACAACUUCCCCAUGUCAAAAUACGUCCAAAUCCAUUUCAGGGAGCCUAAAUUCGGGAUGCUUACUGCCCCCCUGGAGAUGCCACUGACCCGUGUGGAGGAGAAUUUGAGACAGGAAGCUCUCAGUGCGUUCAUAAUGGUGUUGAGGUUCAUGGGUGACCCCCACCUGAACGGGGCCCAGGAGAACCUCUUUGGGAACUACAUCAUUCAGAAAGGGCUGUCUGCCCCGGGUCUAAGGGACGAGAUCCUCUCUCAAAUAGCCAAUCAGGUGUGGAGGAACAGCAACCCCAUGAACGCGGAGAGGGGCUGGCUCCUGCUGCUGGGGUGCAUCAGUGCCUUCGCCCCGUCCGCCAAGAUGGAGAAGUACCUCCUGAAGUUUGUGUCGGAUUACGGCUGCGAUGGCUACCAGGCCAUGUGCCAGCACAGACUCAUCCAAGCCAUGCAGAAAUCCCAGCAUGGUCCCGAGACCGCCCGGACCUAUCCGCUGUCUCUGCUGGAGUGGACGGCCAAUCGGAAAAAAGCAAGCAUGGUGCUCCAAGUGCACUGCUUUGAUGGGACUUCCUUCCUGUGUCCUGUGCACUCCUGGACCAGCGGAGAGGACCUUGCUGGAGACGUGCUGCAGCACAGGGGCGUGUCGGAGGGCUGGAGGGGCUGUUCCGUUUUCAUGAAGGAGCACGGUCAGUGGGCGGAGCUAGCGGGACAUGAUUAUGUCAUGGACCUUAUCUCUGACCUGGAGCUGAUUGCCAGCUUCCCCAGGCAGAAGUCCUACUUCGUCCUCUCCUCCGAGGGGCCGUCCCGGACCAGGCCCAACGCCGGCCUAGCUAUGCUCGGGAGUGGGUUUGAAUCAGAUGAGGAUAGUCCCCUCUCCUAUGCUGGGAGACACCAGACCCUGCCCAGCUCCAGUCUGCCUGAUUCAGAUGGGUACUUCAGCCACGAGUCUGACAGCCUGAGCGAGGCCCCUACCCAGAAAGGCAUGGACCGCUAUCUGGACAGCCUGUUUGACCCGGUGCUCUCCGAUGGCAGUGGGGAUCGGGAGAAAGCCGCCAGCGUGUCCGGCAGGAUGAAGGGAGCCGGGGGGAUCGGAGCGGACGGCCGAGAGCGGGGGUGGGCCGGGCCCAGCGGGUCCCACCCCCAGGCGCCGAUGCCGGGAGCUGUGCAGGUACUGCCUGUAAUGGGAGGCAGAAUGCCAGGAAUGCCAGCAGCUUCAACAGCCUCCAGUAUGCCCAGCCCACCCGAUGCAUCUGCUACGCCUGCCACGCCCGUUGCAUCCGCUACGUCCAUCACCCCCACCUCACCUGGUAUGCCUGCCACAACAGGAAUGGCAGGAAUGCCUGCUGUACCAGGAAUGCCCAUUGUGCCAGGAAUGCCGGGAAUGCCAGCUGUACCAGGAAUGCCCGCUGUUCCAGGGUCAGAACAGAGUGUGAUGGAUCAGCAGCAGCAAGCUCUCAUCAACCAACAAGCCAUUAUUCUGGCACAGCAGAUGACCAUGCAGGCUUUGGCCCUGCAGCACCAGAUGUACCCCCCAGUCGGACUCCCCCCGGGGCCCCCCAUGGCCAACCCCUAUGCCAGCUCCUACGCCAGCCCCCAGUUCCAGCACUACCCGCCUGUGGCCACAGCCCCUCUGCCCCGAGCCACAACCAAACCUAUUAGUAGCUACUCCUACGAACCACCAGCGCCUACAUCUUAUGUACACAAGGACCAGUCUGGAUACCAGAGAGGCCCAACCCACUCAGCCCCUCCUGAGGAUGUGGUGAAAUCCUCUGUCUCAAACUCAGAGUACAUCGAGCCCAGCCAGAACAUCAAGCACAUCAUCAAACAGUACCAGCCUUCUGUUGCAGUGCAGCCCGUAGAAAUCCACAGGAAGGAACCCAAAGUGUUUGCAAAGAAGCCAGAUCCUCAUGAUGAGGCCAUGACAAUCCUGAAGGGACAGAUGAGUUCUCAGCCUCCACAGAAAAAGAAGCCCCCCACCUCCUCCGCCCCCCCUGGCCUGCCCAAGGAACAUAAGGAGGAAGCCAGAGCCACUAGACCAGCCAAGAGCAUCAAGGUGAAGUCCCAGCCCCCCAUGCCUGCCAACUCCCAGAGGGCCCCAUUCCCGGCACCAGUGUCCAGGGAGCUCCCGAUAGAGGAGGAGUCCAUUCAGACGGAGCUCCACAGGAGGGCCAGCGAGGAGCACUAUACGUACACCAAUGUCCCCUGGAAGAUCUACCUCAGGAAGGAGGUUUUCUACCCAAAAGACAGCUUUAACAAUCCUCUGGUUCUGGACCUCAUAUUCAGACAGAUUGUCCAUGACACAUUUUCAGAGGCCUGUAUUCGUAUCACCACGGAUGAAAGACAGAAAAUGAAAAAGCUGUUUGUGGAGAAUCAGAUUGAGCAGAACUCUGCUACUCAGGAUGAGGGUGUGAAGAAGAAGGUCGUUUCUGCUGCCAGGGACUCCUGGGAGAUUUAUUUCUCUCGUCUCUUCCCCGCCUCGGGCAGUGUGGGUACUGGGGUGCAGGUCCUGGCUGUGUCACACAGAGGGAUUAAGCUGCUGAAGAUGGUGAAGAGCAGCUCCUCAGAUGCAGAUUACUUCAGGGUCCUGCGGCCCUACAGCUACGCAGACAUCAUGUUUGUUACAAUCCCUUCCAAGAACAUGCUGGAGUUCAAUCUGACCAAUGAGAAGCUCAUCCUGUUUUCCGCCAAAGCGCCACAGGUGAAGACCAUGAUCGACUUCUUCAUCACCGAGCUGAAGAGGGACUCAGACUAUGUGGUCGCGGUGAGGAAUUACAUCACAGACGACAUGACUCUGUUGAGCUUCCACAAGGGUGACAUCAUUCGCUUGCAGACCAUGGAGGGUCUGGAGGAAGGACAGCACUAUGGCUGCAUUGUUAGAAAGAAGGUGAUGCUCCUGGAGGACUUGCGAAAAGACACAUUAGACUUUGGCUGGAAGUUUGGGGCCAUUCACGGCCGUUCAGGAGUCUUCCCCGCCGAGUUCGUCCAGCCCGUUGCCCCGCCCGACUUUGUCAACCUCCCCGUGGACAGGAAGGAGGAGCCAAAGAGCAAGCAGGGUCAGGUCGCCGCGUCCGCUGCGGUUGCUGUGGCGAUGGCUUCCACUGUGGCGGCCCACGAGUUGGACCGGUCCACCGAGGUGGCGCCAGUUGGCAGCGAAUACGCAGAUGACUUUAGUAAUAUGGAGGUGGAUGAGAGGAUUCUGCAGGACCCCCAGUACAACAUGGUGGAAUUUGCCAAGAAAUACUUCAGAGAGGCAGUGAGAAAAAACAGUGAUUCAUAUAAACACAAGUCAAAGAAAGGAAACCCUAGGGAACCUGCUGAUAUGGUAAAGUUUUCUAAGUCACCCAUUCAGGAGUCUCUAAUAGAUUUCACUGAUGACGCCAUGAGCAAAGUGGCAGCGGACAUUUUCCUGGCUAUAAUGAAGUUCAUGGGAGACUACCCUCUGAAAGGGCAAACGGAGCAAGAUGUAGUCUGCACCAUCCUGAGGCUCAGUGGAAAGCAUGGACUAAUGAAGGAUGAAGCUUACUGCCAGGUCCUCAAGCAGAUCACCGCCAACACCAGCUCCAAAACGGACAGCUGUCAGAGGGGCUGGAGGCUGCUCUACAUCCUGACCGCUUACUACCGCUGCUCCGAGGUGCUCAAGCCCUUCCUGUUCAAGUUCCUGCAGGACGUCUGCCGGACCCCUGGGGUGCACUACCAAGGGAUCGCUAAGGCUUGUGAGCAGAAUCUGAGGAAGACCUUCAAGUACGGUGGGCGGGUGGAGUUCCCCACCAGUAUGGAGCUGAAGGCGAUGGUGGCCGGCCGCAGUUCCAAGCGCCAGCUCUUCCUCCUGCCGGGCGGGAUCGAGCGACAUCUCAAAAUCAAAACCUGCUCGAUUUCUCUGGACGUGAUUGAGGAGCUUUCGUACGAGAUGGGCCUGUACAGACCAGAGGCCAUGGAUGAGUACGCCAUCUUUGUGGUCACAAACAGAGGCCAGAACGUCCGGCCCCUGACCAAGCGGGAGUACAUCCUGGACAUCGCCACCGAGGCCGAGCCCAUCGACAGCAACUACAGCUUCUGGUUCCGGAGGGUGAUCUGGGCCCAGCCACUCAAGUUUGACAACGAGCUUUACGUCACCAUGCACUACAACCAGGUUGUGCCGGACUACCUGAAGGCUCUGCUGACUGUCCUGCCCCAGGGAAAGAUGAGCGAUCAGCACUUCCAGCAGCUCUCCAAGCUGGCUGCCCUGCAGCACCGCACCAAAGACAGCAUCUACCUCCCCACUGUCCGGGAGGUGCAGGACUACGUCCCUCCACAGCUGUACGGCCAGCAGCGUCCGCAGCAUUGGCUCAACACGGUGACCCAACACAUGCAGCAGGUCCAGGUCCUGAGCCCUCACCAGGCCAGAGCACAGUUCCUGGGUCUGGUCAGUGCCUUCCCCAUGUUUGGCUCCUCCUUCUUCUACAUCCAGAGCAGCAGUAACAGCGCCAUCUUGGCUCCUUGCGUUCUGGCUGUCAAUCAGAACGGGCUCAACUUCCUCAGCAAAGAUACUCACGAGGUGAUAGUGAAGUUCCCUCUGAAGGAGGUACAGUCCACACGCACACAGAGGCCCACCGCUGGCUCCAGUUUCCCUUACGUGGAGAUCAUGCUGGGGGACCUGCUAUCCCAGCGCAUCACCCAGCUCCAGCUGGAGCAGGGACUGGAGCUGUGCCGAGUCAUCGCCAUGCACAUGGAGAACAUGCUCUCAGUGCGAGAGAAGAGACUGACCCUGCCCCCCAGCGAGAUCACCCUGCUGUAA